UUUAGGUUAUUACCAUGUGUGAUGUCAAAACACCAUUAGACCGAACCACUCCUUCGAGACACUCAGACAACACGUUAAAUCCCUUUCCAGAUGAUCGAAAAAAGUAUAGAGCCACUACCCUGUGGAACAAUAUAAUUCGUCAUUUUCGUGAAGAAAUGCCGGUCAAAAGACAUCGUCGUCAACUGACAUAUUUCGAUGACUCCUUCACUGGAAAGGAAGCAGUCGAUUUUCUCAUGGAGUUAUUACCACGCCUAAUCCUUGAAGGUCGUCAAGUUGAUAGGUCAAAUUGCACUACGCUGUUGCAAAAAUUUAUAGAUCAAAGUUUCAUAAAGAAAGCCAGGGCAGGUGCAAAUGAAAAGGAGCCCUUCCGCGAUAACGCUACGUUGUAUAUAUUUGCUGAAGAAUGCAAUCUACUUGGUAUAUCUCGCACCCCGAGAUUGGUAAGGACUAGCUCAUGCCGUGAAGAAUCAUGCCAACGUGCAAGAACUCCCCCUCCUCCCAGAUUCGAUCGUUUGCUAGAGUCACCCUCCGAGUUCACGUACAAGAAAAUACCAUCACCAAAACCUUUGCAUGGAUUCAAUAGGAGGAUGUCGAGUUCUCAUGGCAAUCUUUUGUCGUUGAUACCGCCUUCAAAUGUGGCCUUCAAUUCCGCCGACUCUGUAGCCGAAACUAUUGACAGCAGAAAGGUGGAAGUCAAUUUUGAACUUCGACCUUCCCCAAUCAAGGAAUACAAUACCCCAAUUGCGAUGACAGCUCGCAACAGGAGACAAAACAAGAAGAUUUCAUUGACGGAUAAAAAGAGAUCACCCUCCGUCGCUAAAUCGCCUGAGAACAAGGUUACAUCAGCGAUACCUUAUGAUGGCGAUGAGGAACGGGAUGGAGCAUACGAAUGGUUAAGCUUCAUGCGUAGAAGAAGGCCAGAUCAAACCAGCCAAAAGAGUGAAGCUCACCGUAAACUUGUCGGCCCUAAUGCUAACACCCACGAACUCGAGCCCGAAUCUGUUCAGCUCCUGGAAAAGCGUAAACGAAAUAGCAAUAGUACGCAGAAUUCGCAGAUUACAACAACGAUCUAUGCACCCUUACAGGUUACUCAUCGAUACAUAACAGAGGUGGACACGUGGUCAAUUUGGAAGGAUUGUUUGCUAGCCAGGUUACGUCAGAUACUGCAUUUGGAGGAGUUGCCUUUUAUUAGAUGGAAAGUUGUCGGCCAGGACGUGAAAUGGAAUUGUCAGAGAAUCGGCAACAGUGGCGUGGUCAAACAGCGGACAGAGCGUGAGGAUUUUUCCGGUUAUAUACUGCGACUGAUGCGGUACCUUGAGCAAUUUCCUUUUCCAACAGGAUCCUCCAACGUGAUUAUAUAUAAGGACAAUCAGGAGGUAAAUGUGUUCAAAACUGUGUGCUCACGUCUUUCACGUGAGAACACAAUGCUGACAAAUUCGGAAGCCUCUGCUCUAGUUCAUGUACUCGCACUCCAAGAUAAGAAAGAAACCAGAAAAUUCCCCAGGCAUACAUCGAGCUUUCGUUCAUCUUUGCAAAUCGAGACCGAAUUUACUGAAGAGCCUCCUCGCAGUCGCGUAGUUCCACGUUACGCAACGUCUACGUUACCUCACCGAGCUUCCUCUGCAGUUUCUACGAACUCCAGCCCUUCUUCGUACACUGAAUGUCCAGAUCCGCCCAGUGCUAGAAAUAAUGAUUGUUAUCAGCAAAGGAGUCGAAAUGUGCUACAAGAACUGCGCGAAAAUGUUCCGAAUGGUGCUACCAGUCGAUCUUAUCGGCCACAAAGCAAAUCCCAUUUGGAAGGACUGCCAGAGGAUAUUGACACAAUCGAGCUCCCUGGUUUGCUAAGAGCUUCAGAGCUGCAAAGUUUAUCGAAUGAUGUGUGUUACACAAUCAGAGAUGAUCCAAUAGAUCCAGUCGACCUACCCGACUUCUCGGAGUUAUGUGCAGAUCAGCCGCUGUGCUCUCCUAUCUACUCCGCCUCUGCGUCGUCAUACAGAACCGCCAACACUUCCACAUUUCCAGUCGGGCUUAGUGAAGAGCUUUCACCAAAACCAAGUCCAGUAACGCUAGAGGCUCUCUCACUCAUUCUCCUGACCCUACCACCAUCCCGUAGGCGACGACUGCAUCAUCUUAUCCGGUUCAUGAAUAAAAUUGCCGCAAAUCAUUGUCUGCAGCUAGAUCCGCAGCAUUCAAAUCGUUAUGCGGUACUAAAAGGAUUGUCUGGGUGCAUAGUUUCGAUGGGAUUGGAGUCGCCCCCACUUUGCCCAUCCCAAUGCAUCCAUUUGGUAACCGUUCUUCUCGAUUACGAACAUGAAGUAUUUGCUGUGCCCGCAAGUCUAAUCUCCGAUGUUGAUGCUACUGUGCGAGAGCGUCAACGAGAGAAGGUCAGCACAACCGAGCAGUGUCUUGAGAAAGUGCCAGUUCUGUCCCAAAAACAAGUGCAGUUUUGUCGUCCGAUAAAGACUGAUGAGUAUGAAGACCAGAAUCGCCAUCUCAACGGAAACCUUUUGGAGCUUCUAGAUCAGAUUUGCGCAGACGAAAAUCUAUCAGUCAGUGAGAAGAGGAAAAGACUCAAAAAGUUCAAGAAGACCUAUCCUAAAAUUUAUGCGCAGCGAUUUCCAUCCCCAGAACUCACGGAGCCCAAACGAAAGGAGAAGGAUAGUACAUUUUUGUCAAAGUUGUUCGGACGGUUGCUUCCCGCAAGCAUGUGCAAAUAUCGUCUACUCUCACUUAUCUUGUAGCCAAUGUAAAGGACUUGUUGUGAAAUAUAACAGCUUCUCUGCAAGUUGAAUGUGCAGACAUGCUUGUAAAAUAAUAAUUAAAUGACACAAUUCUGUAUAAUUGUUAGAUAUAUUAUUAGUAUUUUUUGGAAUGUUUUACGUUCU